AUGAAUUUGCAUGUCGGGAUAAAGGCCAAUAUCGCGAUAUUGUUCCCACCUGCACCUAAGCAGGCUAGGAUACAGCGAGGGAAUGUUCUUUUGAAGCAAGGAGAUAUAGACGCUGCGGAGAGCGACUUCCAUGCAGUUGUAAGUGCUACCUCAUUUUGGAGGGAUCGACUGAUUCUACGUCUACUUUAUUUGUUGUUGUCUGUUCUUAUUAAGUUAGCCGUAGAGCCACGAAAUGUGGAAGUAGCCGCCAAAGUAGAAUUGGUAGCUGUUUUGCGACAGUACCUCCAUCAGGCAAAGUCUUUUUUCGAGCGGAAAGAUUAUCAUUCGGCUGAGUAUUACUUGAACAAGGCUGUCGAGGUACGGUGCUCCGCUGAUUCAUAUUUGAAGCCGAUUUGUUUAAAGUGGUAUUGUAAGCAUCUCAUGUGGGAUCCCUCGUUGUAUCGGCUUCGAGCUAAGUGUUUGGAAUCACUGGGUGAGGUGAGAAAAGCUAUCGCUGAUAUGCGAACUCUCACAAAGUUGGUGGCAGACAGUACGGAUGAUUACUUGAGGAUCGCACAGCUCUAUUAUGGGAUCGGAGAGGUUGAACAGUCUUUGUACCAAAUUCGUGAGUGUCUCAAGUUGAAUCCAGAUCACAAGGAAUGUUUCCCGUUCUACAAGAAAGUUAAGAAACUCGCAAAAAUGAAGGAAUCAAUGGAUGACGCCACGGCUCGUGAGGACUGGAUGACAUGUCUAGAAAAGGGUCAACAAGUUCUAAAAAUUGAAACUAAAGUAAGCGAAAUCCAAAUGGAUAUCUAUCGACACCUAUGUAGGUGCAACAUGAAGCUUGGCCAUAUUGACGAAGCGAUCCAGCAGUGCACGGAUGUUUUGGAGAACAGUGAUCCGAACGAUGUCGAAGUUCUCUGUGAUCGUGCAGAAGUGUACCUUAUGGAUGAACGAUAUGAUGAGGCUAUUGAAGACUUCCACAAGGCUUAUCAAGUGCAUGGGGAGUCUAGGCGAGCACAGGAAGGCUUGGAGAAGGCCCAGAAACUGAAGAAACAAGCUGGGAAGCGCGACUACUAUAAAAUUCUUGGGCUGAAAAGAAACGCAAGUAAACGGGAUGUCAGCAAAGCGUAUAGAAAGUUAGCUCAGAAGUGGCAUCCAGACAACUUCAGCGAUGAAAAGGAAAAGAAAACUGCUGAGGCGAAGUUUAUAGACAUCGCCGCUGCGAAAGAGGUGCUUUCAGAUGAUGAGAAACGAGCGCAGUUCGAUCAGGGAAUCGACCCUCUUGACCCAGACGCUAAGCAAGGUGGCAAUACGCAUUAUCAUCACGGUUUUCCUGGUGGGUUCAUGUUCCGAGAGGGCGGAGGACCGUUCAGCUUCAAGUUUAACUUCUAG